CAGUGUCCUCCUGUGCUUGGCCUCUGUGGUUCUCCACAUGCAGUGUUGGAAGGAUUCCCUGCAGGUCCCUCUUUGAUACUUCCCUGAGCCUUUCUCUGCGGCUCUUACUUUCUGUACAUCGAUGGAGCUCAACAGAAGCUGCUGACUCUCCCAAGCCAGUCCCGGAGACAAGCGUUACAGGAGCAGGAUUACUCCGUGGAGGUAACGAGGGGGAAGAACGACAGGUUUUGCAACAGGACAAUGCAGAGUCACAGAUCCCUCUGGGACAGCCACCAGCCGUUGUACGAGUCUACACCGAGUCUCAGUGCGGCACUGGCCCUGCUUCAGAGCACGUGAACGUGUGAACACGGCCAGCGCACUGCAUCGGCCAGAGCCCGCUCCCAGCACGGCGUGCCCACGGCAGGAGACUGGGUGCCAGAGUAGCACCAGGAUGUGAAGAAUGGAUGCUGCUGGAUGCUCAAGAGCAGAGGAUCUAUCAACUGCAGACCAAGCAGAGGGAGAGGCAGGCAGAACUGGAGCAGAAAUGCAGCCGGAUCCAGCAGCUCAACCAGGACGUGGAGGCCAGUCACCAGCUGCAGGAGGAAGCUCAGAAGCAGUGGGGAGAGCUGCAGGGAAGGGCUCGGCAGAAGACCUACAACGUGUCCAUCAGUUCCAUAUAUUGGGAGCUUGUAGAGGACUGACACACUGGAACAGUUGUGGAAGAAGCACCAUGGCAGCGUGACAGCAGAUGCUCUGACACAAGUCGGGUUAAGACUUAUGCUGCAAGAACGUGCAAUUGCUUUGGCACGGCGUGAGUUUACAAGCACACCUGACCUAGGAAAGCCACAUCUGAAGGCUGGCCUCCUCCAUCCCCAAGGCCCCAGCAGGCAGCGUGUCUCCACCCCCGAACAGAGGGCAGCGUGUUGCCGUUUUCAGACUGUGCUAAUCCCUUUGUGUGUUUUGAAGAUGAUGCUGUUCCCUGGUGCAUUUCACCUCGUGGCUGCACAGAUCCCUUCCGCUGGAUGGCAAUCUUAAAGGAUGCUGAGGGGAAAUCCCAGGAAGCUGGUCUCUGAUCUGAGUCACGCUGCUGGUGCAGGGAAGCACUCUGUCACACGCAGGCAUGGCACAGGGUGUUCCCUGCAGCUUGGCACAUACUGAAGUCGAUAGCCCUCAGCAGGAACUUGCAUUCAGUAUUAUACUGUCUAAGAGGCUUAAAAUCGACUGUGAAGUUUCAGUAUAGCUACAAAAAACCCUGUUUUCAGUUUCUCCACUGGUAGCUUGCUCCAGAAGGAGACGGUGCAAUUUGGUGAUUGAUUCUUGGCAUCUGGCUGGUGCAUCUGCACUGGGGUAUUUUGAAUCACGUUGUGUAAUAUGAAAAAUAGUCGUUCAUUUCAUUCAUUUGAAUUUGUCUUGCGGGAAUGGCAGCUGCCCAGACAAAUUCCAUGUGAAGAUGGGAAAUGUGAUGGAGAGCCCAGUACUGUGUGUAGCAGAAACAACAGUGCAGUUUUGCACCCACCAAGAAGCCACCGUUGAUCCGUCUUGCUCUCUGCAUCUCAUUGUAGGUUUUUAUACCAGCUCUGUCACCAGCAAUUGGUGACAGACACCAGUUGCUGUGGCCAAAACUAGCACUCCAGUUGACCGGAAGAGGAGUAGCACGCUUGCACAUAUCUGUGGGAACAGUGUAGUAAGGCUCGUGCUGGCUGGGAAAACCAAGCAGGCUCUGCCCCACUCCAACCACGUAGCCCUGAGAAGGUAAGAGCCAUUGCUGGUGUGGAGAGAUACGGGCAAGUGGGGAAAGGGCUGACAGUGGUCUCUACGAGCUGUAGAACCAGAGGGAAGGAGCACCAGCAGCGAUGGAGGAAGAGCUGCUCCGACGGACGGAGCAAUCUCUGCAGGGCUGGGGGAUCCUGGGCCGUGAUGGAAGUCAGUGCCUGGGUGGGUGCCUCUCCCACACCUACCGUGGGAAGCACUUGCAAUUCUGUGACAGCAAAAGUUGGGUAUGUAACUGAUAAUAAUGUAUGUGUAAACAGAGCUGUUGCAGCAAACAGCCUGAGAGCUACUGCAGUUUCUCUGCUGGUGUCUCUGUACACUCCAUCCCUCCUCUCUAUUGCUUCAGUGUCAUGUCUCGCGCUCUGACCGGCUCCAGAGGACAGCACUCAGAAGUGUGCUGGCUGAGACACCCCUCAUUCGGUGCAGGAGCCAAGAACUGCGCUCGUGGUCAGUGUAAGAAGAGGGCAUAGAUGCCACAGUACUGCCCCAAAUACCCUGCCAGCCUCCGGUGAUUACAGCUCAGAGGCUUCAGAAGCAAAAGUGGGAUCUUGCAUUUAAUCAAUGUAAGUGGAUUUUUUUCUCCCAUUAAAAUAUUUAAUUUCUUUCUGAAUGCCCGUAAACUUUGGGAGUCUACCAUAUCCUGUGUGAAGCAGUCUGACACAACAUAUGACAUUAAAAAAAAAACCUGUUUUUUGUUUUGUGGUUGUUACCUGCUGAUUUAUGGGGUGCUGCUGGUUCUUAUAUCGAAGGGACAAUGAGAAAUCAUACUGCAAACAACCUCUAUAUGCCAAACUUGAUUUUAUAAUCUUCUUCAGUCGUUUCUUUUCCAGGCUAAAGAGACUAUCUACUUUUUCCUCAUAUGGAAAAUAUUCUUUGUAUUUGAUCACCCUCGUUGCUCUUCUCUGAAACCCUUCCAACUCUAUUUUUCUUGAGAGAGGCAGACCAGAGCUGCAUAUGAUAAUCACAAGGCAGCUUCCACUUCGGAUCUAUUCAGUGGCGUAACUGUGAUCUGCUCUCCAUUAUUUUCCUAAUAAUUCUUAACAGUCAGUUUGCCUUUUGGGCUGCUCCUGGGCACUGAGCAAACGUUUCCAUAGAACCAUCUCUCCAUCUAUAUCUGGUUUUAUCUAGUAUAGCCCCAAGCUCAGCCCGCACUCGUGAGGAGGGAAUGGAGCUACAGCAGCUGGGACUGCGAGUGAAAUCUGGUAAGAAAGCGCAAAUGCCCCAGAACUUUAGCAGGGUUAAGACCACCUGGCUGUGUCUCGUAUCUUCAGGAUUGGAGACAGCUGCUAAACAUCUGGAAAACAAGAAAUGAUGAGUUAAUCUCAGCCCCGCAACACUGCAGCCCUGUCCUCUUCCAGCCAUGGCUACCUUCGAGUACCAGCUGCGCCCAAGAGGCUGUAACACUGUGGGAAGAGCUCAGGAGCCUGCUCUUCACUGAAGCAAAACUUGGGGUCAGGUGAGGCAGAACCACUGGGAACAACCCAUGUUUGCUUUGCUCUUGGAUACAGAGCCUCCUUAAAGAAAACACCCAUGCCUGUUGAAUGUGGUCACCCUUUCACCCCUGUUGCAAGGAUUCCUUCUGAGAUCCCACCUUCAUUUACCAUGCCAAGCACCAAGGCCACUGUUGCACAGGCCACAGGACUGAUGGCCCACGUGGCACAGGGACAGGCCCACAAGUUUCCACCGAUGCAGCCUGCACGGUCCAGGGAAGAGCGGCCACCUUCAUGGCUCAAGAGUUCUGCUGGGUGGCUCCCACUAACCUUUCAGUGUUGAGCACAAGCACACCUCACCACGACUGCAGCCGGAGCCCCUGCAGAUAAACACCGAUGUCAAGUCACUAUCGAAGAACACAAAUAAUGUUCUCUUGCUCCUUCUUCACGUUUUCUUUCUGUAGACUCACAGAGCAAGCAGGAAGGGAUCGUGCAGCCUGACCUUCUGUACCCGCGGUCAAGAAAAUUUCGCCAUGUUACUGCUGAAUUCAGUAACUUGUUUGACAAAAGCAGUUUCAGAAGAGCGUUUAACUGCACUUGAAGACAUCAAGAGAUGGCAAAUGCAUUUCCUCCCUUCAAAGUCAAUCCCUUUGCAUCAUUCCUACUGAUUUUUUUUCUCUGAUUAUUGCUGUACCAGUGGGGCUAAUGAGCAGCAGAAUGGUCUCAACUUUGUUUCUCCUGGUUUCUAUGCUUUAUCUUCUCUGUAUCUUUGAAUACUCCUUUUGUUUUGGCCUGAGACUUAAGGUUAACCAUAAGGAAAGGAAGGGCAUAAGGAUCCUCUCUUUCUGCCUCUAUUUCUGCAUUCCCAUGCCCACCAACCCGUGGUUCCCCACCACAACAGUCUUUGUCCACUUACCCAGCUCCCUCUGGUUUCUGACUCCCCUCAACCCCCUUUUUUUCCCCUUAUCUUUUCCCACCUGCUGUUGCUGCUAGUUCUGGAGAAGGCCCCCAGAGCCAAUACCGAUGUGGCUGUCCAGGUGCACCAUCCAUCUGCCAGCAGCUCAGUGGCUGUAACUGCAAGAACCACCAAAGCAUCAUGUUCUAUGACCAGACCUGAGCAACGCUGUUUUUCUUUCACUCGCUCCUCCCUUCUUCCAGCAGGAAUUGCUGCCAAUUUCUAGCUCAUGGUUCCUUACAGAAAUGUAGCAACUCCUUUGCAGCUCAUGUACAUCCUUACUCAAGAAACCAAGAUGCAGCUUGCAGGAGCAGCGGUGGAAAUGGCUGCCGUCCGUGAUGGAGGGAGGGUCUUCAGCCUUUCUUGGCUUCUGGUGGCUGCCCUGGUCGCCCUGCGGACACGUCUGGCAAGAUUGUGCCCCUUCUCCAUUGAGAGAACGUCCAAAAUGUGGCGCGCGCAGAACACCUCCAUCCAGCAGACGGAGACCCGGCAGCCCCAGGGCCAAAGGCAAGCGUCGGCGCUGGAGCCACUGCAAGGGGAGCCCCAGGCAUGCCGGGACAGAGAGCAGCAGGAGCUGGAGCCAGCACAGGUGCUGGUCUCAGCACUGAAGCUGCAGGUGGAGUUCCUCAGGGAGGAGAACCGCAAGCGGCUGGACCAGCUGCAGGAGCGGGAGCGUGCAGUGGAGCAGGAGCUCCAGGAAUUGGCCUUUCUGAUGCAGCACUAUCCGAAGGAGGGCCAAAGGCAAGCGUCGGCGCUGGAGCCACUGCAAGGGGAGCCCCAGGCAUGCCGGGACAGAGAGCAGCAGGAGCUGGAGCCAGCACAGGUGCUGGUCUCAGCACUGAAGCUGCAGGUGGAGUUCCUCAGGGAGGAGAACCGCAAGCGGCUGGACCAGCUGCAGGAGCGGGAGCGUGCAGUGGAGCAGGAGCUCCAGGAAUUGGCCUUUCUGAUGCAGCACUAUCCAAAGGAGGAGCAGAAGGACGAGGCCGUGCAGACCGAGGUCACCUCCUCCAUUGCUGCCCACAGCCAUGCUGACACCAGCUCCGGUGUCCUGAGGGAGGAGCGCACAGAGCUCUUUGGUCAGGUGGUGGUAGACGCAGAGAUGGUGUACUGCAGGCAGGAGCAGACAGCUGAGGAGCAACGGUACCAGCCACGGGACGUGAAGCCAGGGAGGGCGGCCGAGCGGAGCAGCGCUGAGGAAGCCCAGGCCUGGAGCACCCUGCAGCGCGCAGAGGAGCGGCCACGUUCAUCCAUGGGGAAGGGCACACCCUGCCAGGCCAACAGCCAGGUGGAGGCCAAGCUGCAAGCAGGCAGCAGCAAAGCCGAGCAGGCACAGAGCAGGGAGGUGGCAGUGCAGGUCCAGGCAGAGCUCAGCCAGUGCCAGCAGAAACAGCAACUGAGCCUGGAGCAGGAGCUGAAACACGUGCACCCUGCGUCCCAUGCCCAAGAGAAGGUGCAGAAGAGCCUCGAACAGCUCCAAGCCCUGAGGGAGCAGCUGAGGGCACGGGAGGAAGAGAACUGGAGCCUGUGGUGCGGCCUGGCUUGGCUGCAGGAGGAGCUGAGAGCCACCCGCAGCCAGGGCCAGCAAAGUGAGGAGGAGAGGCAGCAGCUCCGCUGGGAGCUAAGGAAGCUGCAGGAGCAGAGCAAGCAGGAGGAGCUGAGCAGGCAAGCCCAACACUGGCAGCAGCUCUACCAGGACAGCCAGCGAGCUCUGGCUGCGCGAGAAGAGGAGCUGGUGCUGUGCAAAGUGGAGCUGGCGUUCUUCAAGGAAGAGCUCAGCAAGGCCAAGAAGCAGGCGUCUUCAAGACACACAGGGCGGGAUGCAGGAGGAAACACUUCUCUUCACGGCCAGAACCCCUGAGCAGCACCACAAGUGUGGGCAGCUGAAGACUCUACAGGGCUACAACUUGACAGUCCCAGCCCCACACGGUUCUGCAGGGCUGCCUCCACCCAACGCUCGCCUCCAGGACAAGAAGCAGCGCAGCACAAAGCAAGGAUCAGAACGAC